CCGCACGGAUUUAAUAAUUUAAUAUUUAUUUUUCUUUUGCAAAAAACUGCCAAGAAAACGUCGUAGAAAAAGAAGAUAUUAAAAAAAACCCGGCGUAAUAUUCAUUUUUUGUCACGGUAACAUUGUGUGUUGACGUUAUUGUUAUUCUGUGGAAAAUAUGAGUUUUGUAAUUGUAUUAUACGAUUUCAAUUGAAGAUAGACCACCGACUUUAUAUUGGUUAUUUUAAUUGACAUAUUCUCAAAUCGAUUAACGUAGCAUUUGAGCUUUGCAUGUUAUCAUCGUCUUUCAUAGUUUGUUCAUAAAUGGCUGCUUACAUAAAUCGCACAAUUGGAUUUGGUGAUUCCUUAGUGGCUCCUCGUAGUCCAUUAACAGAUGAACAAAUUUCUUCACCUUUACAGGUCUUUGGCCAAGCUAAAAAACAAAUCAAUAACAUUUUUGUUGAUAUUCAAGACUAUGUGGCUGACGCAUCUGAACGCAUGAUUGAUGUGAAUAAAAUAUGUCCUGAUGUGAUCAAUGGAAAUGAAUUAAAAUCCAUAUUGGAUUAUAGAUCAAAAGUCAAAGGAAUUUGUGAAGUGUUGACACGUGAUCAUAUGAAAGUUGCUUUUUUUGGCAGAACAAGCAAUGGAAAGAGUACAGUUGUAAAUGCUAUGUUGGGAGAAAAAGUGCUUCCAAGUGGUAUUGGUCAUACAACUAAUUGUUUUCUGCAAGUUGAAGGGUCUCAAACUGGUGAUGCAUACUUAGUUACUGAAGGUAGUAAUGAAAAACAGAAUGUAGAAUCCGUUACACAUUUGGCACAUGCAUUGAAUUAUGAAAAACAAUUGAAUGAAAAAGAAUUGGUACAUGUAUAUUGGCCAAAAGACAAAUGUAGCUUAUUAAGAGAUGAUGUAGCUUUAGUUGAUUCUCCGGGAGUAGAUGUUACACCACAUUUGGAUGAUUGGAUUGAUGCACAUUGCAUUGAUGCCGAUGUUUUUGUGCUAGUGGCUAAUGCUGAAUCAACAUUGAUGGUUACUGAGAAAAAUUUUUUUCAUAAGGUUUCAACAAAAUUAUCAAAGCCAAAUAUAUUUAUAUUAAACAAUCGCUGGGAUGCAUCUGCUAACGAACCAGAGUUCUUAGAUCAGUUUAAUAGCCAAGACCAGGUGCGUAAACAACAUAUGGAGCGUGCUACGGAUUUCUUAGUAAAGGAGCUGAAAGUUUGCACACCUGAAGAAGCAGUGUCUCGUAUAUUUUUUAUUUCUGCUAAAGAAGUGUUGCAGGCUCGUGUUAAAGAACGUAAUGGAUUACCUCUAAAUAGUGGAGCAUUAGCUGAAGGUUUUAGUGCUAGAUAUAUGGAGUUUGAAGAAUUUGAACGUAGAUUUGAGGAGUGUAUCUCAAAAUCUGCAAUCAAGACUAAGUUUUUAAAUCAUUCACAGCAAGGGAAACAUUUAGUCAAAGAAAUGCUUAAAAUUAUGGAAACAAUUUACAAUAGAAGUCAAGAACAAACAAAUUUAAAAAUGUGUCAGAAAAAAGAAUUUCAAGAAAAAUUGAAUUUUACUGAACAACAACUUAUAAAUAUAACAAAUCAAAUGAAAAUGAAAAUCCAUCAAAUGGUUGAUGAUGUGGAGGAUAAAGUAUCUAAAGCGCUGAAUGAUGAAAUUCGCAGAUUAUCGGUUUUAGUUGAUGAAUUCAAUUUACCAUUUCACCCAGAAGCAUUAGUUUUAAAUGUUUAUAAAAAAGAACUCCAUAGCCAUGUGGAAGCAGGUCUUGGUAGCAAUUUACGAGCUAGACUAUCCACUGCAUUGGCUAUGAAUAUAGAUCAAAGCCAAAGAGAAAUGAUUGAUAAGAUGUCAACGUUAUUGCCAGAAGAUAAACGAAAUAUAAAUGUAACAAAUCCCAAACGUGAACCAUUUGAAGUUUUAUAUCGUUUACAUUGUGAUAAUCUAUGUGGUGAUUUUCAUGAACAGCUUGAGUUCAAAUUCUCUUGGGGCUUAUCCAAAUUAGUUACUCGUAUAUCAUCAUUAGCUAAUUGGUCACGUAAUCAAUCAAGGGUUCUAAUAUCCCCAUCUCACAAUCCAUCAACCAGUGCUGUUGAUGGUUCAUUCAGUAGUUUAGCUGUGGAACAAAAUUUAUCCAUGAUAUCUCGUGUUGUAGCUGCGUCUGUUGGUACUCAAGGUACUGUGGGAGGACUUGUAUUAGCAGGAUUUAUGCUAAAAACAGUUGGAUGGCGUUUAAUCAUAGCUACAGGUGCUAUUUACGGAGUGCUUUAUCUGUAUGAGCGUUUGUCUUGGACAACAAAAGCAAAAGAACGAGAAUUUAAAAGGCAAUAUGUUGAUCAUGCUACUGCCAAGCUCCGUUUAAUUGUAGAUCUCACAUCUGCAAAUUGUAGCCAUCAAGUACAACAGGAACUUUCUACUACUUUUGCACGAUUGUGUCAAUUGGUUGAUGAAUCAGCUACUGAUUUAAAUGAAGAAAUGAAAAAUUUGGAUCGAGAACUCAGCAUGUUAACUAAAUCUACUGAAAUUGCAAAGAUUCUAAGAAAUAAAGCAGAUUUCUUGAAAGUAGAAUUGAAGCAAUUUGAUGAUACUUUCCUGUGUGUAAAAAAUUAGUUAGUUAGUCAAAAUGUAAAAUGAUUGUAUUAUACCUAUUUGUUGAGUAUUUCUUUGUUAUUUUUAGAGUAGGUGUAUAAUGUUUAUUUUAUCUUAGUUACUUCAUUACC